AUGUUUAAUACGAAGAGUAAUUUCACACUGCAAUAAAGUUUACAAAAAGUUUGAGCUGAAGUUUUGUGUGCUUUGCUAUGAGAGAUUGCUGGUUUCCUAGGAAACAUGUUGACCUGUCAUCAGGUGAUUUAAAAAUUAAAUGCUCGCACGUACAGAAUGUGAAAUAUAUUUAAUUAUAUAAAUUUAAUUGAAGUUAAUUAUAAAUAUUGAAGUGUCGUUGUUUAAAAAUUAUAUUCCAUGUUAGGGGCGAGCGAUUUGAAGAUGUUUCGCGUGGUUAUACGUGUAGGCGAGGAAAAAUCAAUAAUGGACCAUGCCAUGAUAAUAUGGAGUCAUUAAUUCUUGUGUACCUGUUCGGAGUACCUGUGUAUGUAUAACAGAAUGACAAUGAGUUGAGGAAAUUGCUUUAUUAUUUAAUAGACAGUUUAUUUUGUGAUGGAAGAUAGUGGGAUUGAUAGUGACCCAAAGACCACUAAUCAUGUAGAGGAUGAAAGGCUGUUCUUGGGGAGUGAUAGCAGUAGCAGCAGUAAUCAGACACAGAUAUCCCAACACAAUUCGACUACCAAACAAUUACAGAGGAAGCUUGAGGCGAGGAUUGAACAAGCCAAACGUAUUCAACGUAAUUCAGAUUAUGUAAAGUUGCCAAAGUAUGAUAAGGGCAGUGGAGGUAGUAGUGCUGCUGCUGGUCUGAUUCCAAUCCAAAGGCUUCCCAUACCUAAUAAGAAUAAGGAACAUCUGCCUCUUGUUGAAUACUGGCACAGUGAUAGUGAAAGUGAAGGUGAAAUGACUCUAUUCCCUACAACGAAAUCUAAGGAUUCUUCAAAGCACAAACAAGACUUAACAGAUACGUUCAGUGUGGAGGAAAUGAGUGAGGAGAGUGAAGAUUCGUUGAACCUAGGACCUGCUCAGGCAUCACCAGAACUGAAAUUCAUGAAAUCGUAUGGAUGUACUGGUGACUGCUUCCGUUGUCAGUGCCACAUAUUGUAAUUAAUUAUAUAUAUAUAUACACAUGUAUAUGCCUCGAGUAUGUUGAAUAUUAAUUAUUUUAUACUAA